UAAUCUCCUCAAGGUCGUAGAUACUUGAUAUAUAUUUAGAUCUAAUACUGUAGUACAGUAGCUUGUUAUUAAGUCUUAGAUCUCGUUUAUAAAUAAGCCUACUUCGAUAGGCAAUGCUAGGACAUGGCGUCGGCAAUGUCAACUAAGAUUCUGGGACCUCUUCGACUGUCAAAGCAAUUGAUAAGUGCCAGUUUUUGCAGGUCAAAAUCAGAUUUAACUGCGGCCACUGGACAUACUUUCACUGAAUAUGAAAAACAGAGAGACAAGAAAGAUGUCUCAAUAAUUGUGAAUGAGAAAAUGGACAUUUCGGCUAUAAGUGGAGUGCCGGAAGAGCACAUAAAGACCAGAACUGUCAGAAUAUUUGUUCCUGCUCGUAAUACAAUGCAGUCAGGAACCUAUAACACACGCAGGUGGAGAAUGGAGUUUGAUUCACGAGAAAGAUGGGAAAACCCAUUAAUGGGCUGGAUUUCAACUGGUGAUCCUUUGUCUAAUCUUGAAGUCAACUUCAACAGUAAGGAAGAUGCCAUUUCAUUUUGUGAGAAAAAUGGCUGGGAUUGGUUUGUCGAGGAAGAGAAGAAACCAAAAAUGGUCAAGAAAUCGUAUGGUGCCAACUUUGCUUGGAAUAAAAGAACCAGAGUUUCUACCAAGUAGUCGUAUUCUUUAGUCCAGUCAAGCUUUAGGAGACAAUACAUGUAAUGUAAUUAACUAAAGAAUGUCAUUGUUACUGCACUAAAAAUUUAAAUGGAAUAGAAAAAAAUAUCGUUGCUCUGUUUGAAUGGCAAAGAUGUUUUCAGAUAUGUUUAAGCUUAUUUUAUUGAUUUCUAAAUGUGUUUCAUAGUUGAAAAUGUACACAGAGUCCAAGGUGUAGAAUGAAAAUAACAGUGUUGUAUUUCUGUGCAGCAUGAAUUGUGUGAGAUAAAUAAAUAUGAACUUGUAACAAA